GUUUUCUAUCAAUCACAAAAUUGGAUUACAAAUUCAGUAUAAAUUUCACAUUAUUUUCAAUGAGAAACAACAAGUGAACUUUCAACAGUGCUUAAUACAACAUGUUGGGAUAUUUUGUACUUUCUUUUCUUCUGGCAAUUUCUAAUGCGGAUCCAAUUCGUGAUUUUGUUGGUAUAAAUCCAUUUACACCAAAUGGACGUAUAGUUGGUGGAAAUCCAACAACAAUUGAAGAAGUACCCUAUCAGGUUUCACUGCAAGCUUAUGGUUUUAGUUAUUGUGGUGGUAGUAUAAUUUCUGAAAAUUGGAUUCUAACAGCUGGACAUUGUACAAAAUAUCCCAGUCAAUGGAUUAAUGUUCGUUCGGGAAGUACAAAUUUUAAUACAGGUGGUACAUUACAUCCAGUUGCAAAAGUAAUUCAACAUGAAAAUUUUAAGACAAAUAAAUUUGGAAUUCCCGAAUAUGAUGUGGCAUUAAUUCAAUUAAAAACACCAUUGGAAUUGGGUGCAACAAGAAAGCCAAUACAAUUAUUUGAACAAGGUGAAGAGGCUAUUGAGGGUUCAUUGGCAACAAUAACCGGCUGGGGUACAAUAAAACAAGGUGGUAAAACAUCAGAAGUUUUAAGAACAGUUGAUGUUCCUGUUGUUUCAAAAUCAGUUUGUCAUGAGGCUUAUAAAAGAUUUGGUGGUUUACCUGAGGGUCAAAUAUGUGCCGCUUAUCCACAAGGUGGAAAAGAUGCAUGUCAAGGUGAUUCAGGUGGUCCAAUGACAAUUGGUGGAAAAUUAGCUGGUAUUGUCUCAUGGGGUAAUGGAUGUGCCAAAAAAGGAUAUCCAGGUGUUUAUACAGAAGUUGCUGCCUAUAAAGAUUGGAUCAUUAAGAAUGCUGGUCUUUGAUCAAAAAAAAAAUUUUUUUUUCAUAUUUAUAUAGAAUAUGAAUUUAUUAAUAUAUAAAAUGAGAAAACAAAAAAUUGUAGCAUCUAAAAAUUUUUAGCUUCCAAUCUAAAAAUGAAUGGAUGUCGUUUGAAAAAAUAUUUUUUAUA